AUGGGGGCCGCGCCUUUGAGCCUGGCUCGAUUCACCAAGAGCAGCAGAGUAGAGCUGAAAGUCAGGAGCCGGUUAUGUCAGUACCCUUUGUAUAAAUUAACUGCCUUUAAUGACUGCCAUGCCGAAUGCACAUUCAGGUUUCCGAGCACAAACAUCAAGAUCACGUUCACAGCUCUGUCCAGUGAGAAGAGGGAGAAGCAAGAGGCGCCCGUGUCUCCAGUGAAGCCCGUGCAGCCACACAUCUCACCCCUGACCAUCAACAUUCCAGACACCAUGGCCCACCUCAUCAGCCCCCUCCCCUCCCCAACGGGAACCAUCAGUGCUGCGAACUCCUGCCCAUCCAGCCCCCGGGGAGCAGGGUCUUCAGGGUACAAAAUGGGGCGUGUGAUACCAUCUGACCUCAAUUUAAUAGCUGACAGCUCACAGCCAGAAAAUGAAAAGGAAGCUUCAGGUGGAGACAGUCCAAAGGAUGAUUCAAAGCCACCUUACUCCUAUGCACAGUUGAUAGUCCAAGCAAUUACCAUGGCUCCUGAUAAACAGCUCACUCUCAAUGGAAUCUAUACACACAUCACUAAGAACUACCCCUACUACAGGACGGCGGACAAGGGCUGGCAGAAUUCCAUCCGCCACAAUCUGUCCCUGAAUCGCUACUUCAUCAAAGUGCCACGAUCCCAGGAAGAGCCGGGCAAGGGCUCCUUCUGGAGGAUAGACCCUGCCUCCGAGAGCAAGCUGGUGGAGCAGGCCUUCCGGAAGCGGCGGCCCCGGGGCGUGCCCUGCUUCAGAACCCCUCUGGGGCCACUGUCCUCUCGGAGUGCACCGGCCUCCCCCAACCACGCAGGAGUGCUGUCUGCUCAUUCCAGUGGCGCCCAGACCCCUGAGAGCCUGUCCAGGGAAGGCUCGCCGGCCCCCUUGGAGCCUGAGCCCAGCGGCACACAGCCCAAACUCGCAGUCAUCCAGGAGGCACGGUUCGCUCAGAGCGCACCAGGCUCACCUCUUUCCAGUCAGCCCGUCUUAAUCACCGUCCAGCGGCAGCUGCCCCCAGCCAUGAAGCCCGUCGCCUACGCCGUCGCCGCCCCGGUGACCACCUCUGCCUCACAGCCGCCCGUGGUGCAAACCGUCCACCUCGUCCACCAGAUACCAGCCGUGUCGGUCGCCAGCGUGGCCGCGCUGGCCCCGGCAAACACCUACACUGUCGCCGGCCAGGCCGUGGUCACCCAGGCGGCAGUCUUGGCCCCUCCGAAGGCAGAGCCGCAAGAGAAUGGCGACCACAGAGAGGUCAGAGUGAAGGUAGAGCCUGUUCCUGCAGUUGGCCACGCCGCGCUGGGCGCCACUGGCCGCAUCCUCCAGGCGUCGCCAGGCCCCCCCGUGCAGACGGUCACCAUUGUGCAGCAAGCGCCUCUGGGCCAGCACCAGCUCCCGAUCAAGACGGUCACGCAGAACGGGACCCACGUGGUGCCCAUCCCCCCCGCCGUGCACAGCCAGGUGAACAGCGCUGCUAGCCCCCUACACAUGCUGGCCACCCACGCCUCCGCGUCGGCCUCCCUGCCCACCAAGCGCCAAAACGGCGACGAGGCAGAGCAGCCGGAGCUGAAGCGGAUCAAGGCCGAGGACGGGGAGCGCAUCGUCAUCGCCCUGAGUGUCGACGCCCCUCCGGUGGCCGUGCGGGAGAAGGGGCUCCAGAACUAGCACUGAGCGCUGCUCACGCGGACGUCAACUCUGGUGCCAAAAGGAGAGAGCGGCGCCGCCCGUGCAAAGGAAGGGCCCUGCGGUUGGACUUCACUUCCCAGCACUGAAAACACAAACCCAGGUGGCCUUAAAACUCCCUUCCAUGGACCAAGUCACACGGGAGCCAGUGCGCAGCGGCCCCCGGCUUGAGCUGGUGUUCCCGCAGAGCGCCCGCUGGGCCGCCGCUUGUGAGCUCAGCUUUUCAGGACGCACAACAAGGACCGGCCUUUGGGCCCAAGCCUCCUGUGGGGUGGAGGCCGGCCAGCGCCUGAGUGAGCGGAUCUUGCAGACUGGGCUCACCAAGGGAUGGGCCAGAGCCAGCCACCCCCCUCCCGGAGACAAGACAGUGUUUUGUUGUUCACGUGGAAUUAGAAUAUUUUGAGGUGUACUUUCUUUACACAGUAAUGGGGGUCUUUGACAUUUCACACCACUCCAUUUCUACUCUGGAAAUUUUGGAAUCACAGAACCUUUCACGUGGGUUAAUUUGGGGACAGCAGCGACACCAUUCUGUUUGUUUCUGUGGUUUGUUUUCAGCUGGUGGGAUGGUCUAUCUGUCCUGUGCUCCUCCGGGACACUUGCACGUCCCUCCCCCUGUCAGAACGGGGGGCAGUGCGCGCGGGUGACCAGGACACACCCCGCCCUGCCGCCCACCUCCUCGCCGCCUCCUUGUCCGUUCCUGCGCGUUGACUGUCCCUGGUAUCAUUUCCUACUCUUAAGUAAAGCAGUCUCCUAAGUGUUGUGUAUGCCCAAAACAACAGACCCUCCCUUCUUUCCUUCCUUCCUUCCGUCCUUCCAUCCUUCCUUCCUUGGAAAACAGAUCGAGUAUGUACCCUAGGAACCCAUGCUCACAGAACUCGAUCUC